AUAGUAAAGAAUAAUAAGGCAGACGGGGUAUUGGAGACUUGGAGGAGUAGAACUAAUUUGACACUUUGACCAUGAGUGUCCCACUCUAAAUUAACUAAAUUAAAUUAAAUUAAAUAAAUUAAUAAAAUAAUAAAAUAAUAACCACACGUUUUUAAUAAAAACCUCAUAAUUCCGGAAGUAUUCCUAAUUUGCCCCUCAAUACUCAAUACCCCUCAUCGCCGCCGUACUCACUCUCACUUUCUACUUGAACACUUCAUGCACCCCAUUUUCUUCCUCUGUCUUUGAACUUUUCCAUUUCCAAUCAACUAUCAAUCAAUCAAUUAUUCCCCCCAAUUUCUUCAUCAAAUUCAAUCCAAAACCCUACAUUAAUUCCCAAAAUCAUCCAUCAUACUCAACCCAAAUUCUCAAGCAGCCAUGUCAGCUACUUCAUUGGGCUCCACUCUUCCAUAUCUCCCCAACAAUGCAAUCAAUCAAUGGGGUUCCAAUGUCAUCCUCCAUUGUAGGGUUUCUGGGUUUUCUCAACCCAGACCAUCUUUCUCUCUUAAAUUCGUGAAUUCGGCCAAUUGGAGGAGAGAGAAAGUUGGGUUUAUCGUCAAUUCGUAUAACUCGGAAUCUACUGUCACGAUUCCAGAUGAUGAUGUUCGGGUUUUAGAUGAAAAUGUUUCGGCUCGGCUUGAUGAUGGUGGUUCUGACAAUGGUAAUGGGAAGUUACCGCCUGACAAUGGCGGAAAUGGCGAAGGUGGUGGCGGAGCAGACGACGGAAAUGGUGAUGAUGGGGAAGAGAAGGAGUUUGGCUCGAUUUUGAAAUUCGAGGAAGUGAUGAGAGAGACUGAGAAAUAUGGGGCGACUCUUCCGAAUGAUAUUCUUGAAGCUGCUAAAACUACUGGGAUUAGAGAAUUGAUUUUGAUGCGGUAUUUGGAGUUGCAGGGAACAGCUGGGCCGCUAGGAUUUUUGAUGAGACAUUGUGCUAUGCUCCGAAAUCGAAUGUUGGCUGAUCCUGCGUUCUUAUUUAAAAUUGGGACUGAGAUUGUAAUUGAUUCCUGUUGUGCAACAUUUGCGGAAGUUCAGAAAAGGGGAAAAGAUUUUUGGACGGAAUUUGAACUUUAUCUUGCUGAUCUUCUUGUCGGUGUGGUUGUAAAUGUGGCCUUAGUUGGCAUGUUAGCGCCAUAUGUCCGUAUUGGGAAUCGAUCUACAUCUGCUGUCGGUUUUCUUGGAGGCAUCAGACGUGCUUGUAAUGAACUUCCCAGUAGCGUCUUUGAAGCUGAAAGGCCAGGAAGUCGAUUUUCAGUGAAACAGCGAAUGGCUUCAUAUCUUUACACGGGAGUACUGCAAGGGGGAGUUGGAUUUGGAUGUGGCAUUGUUGGCCAAGGUAUUGCAAAUCUGAUCAUGACUGCUAAAAGGAGCAUAAAGAAGUCUGAUGAAGAUAUACCAGUCCCACCUCUAAUAAAAAGUGCAUUACUCUGGGGUGCAUUCCUCGCCAUUUCAUCCAAUACUCGUUACCAAGUUAUUAAUGGACUGGAACGUGUGGUUGAGACAUCCCCGUUGGCCAAGAAUUUUCCACCAGUUGCUUUGGCUUUCACCGUUGGUGUGCGAUUUGCCAACAAUGUCUACGGUGGUAUGCAGUUUGUUGAUUGGGCUAGGUGGAGCGGUGUACAGUAGAUUUUCCCUUUCAUCAUAUGGGCAUUCUCUCAACCCAUCCCAGCCCAUGCCCUGCCCCCUUUCCUCCAGAUUUGACGACACUACUACUUGAAGCCUGGGCAUCAUUCCUCUGCACAUGUACACUCAGCUUUGGUAAUGCUACUUAUAUUGCUGAUCACAUUGUACAAGAGCUUGUAACACCCACUGGGCAAAAUUCUCAUGCAAUGCCGUAAUCCAAAUGGUGAGAUGCUCAUUCUUUCACCGAGUUUCUCCCAAUAAGAAAUCUGCUUUGUAGCUAAGAAACAGGCAACAUCAGCCUUAUCUUUGAGCUGUAUUAUAUUCAAGCCUAUUAGAUGUUCAAAGUUUGAGCUUCUUGAAUGUAUCGAGAUCUAGGGCUCUAUCUAUAUUUAAGAGUACUGGCUUCCUAGUUAUGAACUUCAUUACUCCGUAGUGAUUAGUUGAACCAGUUAGCAAUAAAUAAGGAAGCUUAGAUACCAGCUCCUUUUUUUUUAAAGUUCA